AUGUCUCAGUCACAAUUGCUAGGUGCAAUACGACUACAUUUUGUUAAAAGUAUUCUGAAUUCUCCAAAUAGUAUUCACAGUAAACUAUGUUUACGAAAUGAAAGUACAACAACUACGAAAAAGAAGACUGCCAGUUCUGUAUAUCGAACCAUGAAUAUAUUUGAUAGAAAAGCUAAGAUACUACAAAAAGAAAGGGCGGCUGUAGAUGAUAACUAUCAUCUUUCUGAGUAUAUAAAAGAAGAAGUUGGUUGGAGGACUGCAGAUAGAAUUUUUGAUAUAAAACGGACGUUUAAAAAUGCAGUGGAAUUAGGAGCUGGUCGUGGAUAUGUUUCCCGUCAUUUUCUUCCUGAUAGUGUGGAGAAAGUAACAUUAUGUGACUCAUCACAAACACACUUGGACAAAGCUAUAAUUGGUGAUGGUGUUCAAUUUGAAAAGAUGAUGGUAGAUGAAGAAAAUUUUGAUUUCCCACCGAACAGCGUAGAUUUAUUUGUAUCAUCCUUAGCUCUGCACUGGGUCAAUGAUUUGCCGGGCUGCUUCGAUAAAGUUAUGGAUUGCUUGAAACCAGAUGGGGUCUUCAUAGCGUGUGUUUUCGGUGGAGACACACUAAUGGAGUUGCGUCAGUCACUACAGUUAGCUGAGUCGGAGCGUUUAGGAGGAAUGUUCACUCAUAUCUCACCUUUUACCAGGAUAAGGGAUAUAGGGGGUUUACUUAAUGCCGCAGGUUUCACUCUGCAGACAGUAGAUAUAGAUACCAUAAGUAUAUGGUACCCGUCGGCAUGGCACGUCAUGAACGACAUGCGAGCGCUGGGAGAGGGUAACGCGGUGUAUUCCAGGCCUCUGAGAAUAUCCACCGACGUUCAGUUUGCCGCUGCUGCUAUAUACGAUGCCAUGUAUGGAAAGGAAAUGCCAGACCGUGGUGAACGCGGCGUGCCGGCCACCUUCCAGAUAAUAAACUUCCUUGGAUGGAAACCUGAUCCAUCUCAACCCCAGCCCAUGGAACGAGGGACGGGAGAGCUCUCCCUCAAAGACUUGCAUCGCAUCGACGAAAUUAUUACAGAUACUAAGAAAAUAGAGUUGACCGAAGAUGAUAUGAAA